UGCCACCAGCGCCGCACCGUCUGCCUCCGCACACCCCAGGUCACCUGCCAGGCGGCCUCCAACGUGCUGGUAAAAACCGUCAGCUUCAUGAAAAACCUCCCGUCCUUCCACCUGCUGCCACGAGAGGAUCAACUCCUGCUGCUGGACAGCUGCUGGGUCCCCCUUUUCCUCCUGGGGUUGGUUCAGGAGAUGGUGACCUUCGAGGUGAUGGAGACCCCAGCCCCCAGCAUGCUCAAGAAGAUUCUCCUUGAUGGUCAAAGCCAACAGCAGGAGCCUGAGCGGACGCAGCCCACGCUGGCUGCCGUCCAGAGGCUGCAGUGCUGCCUGAACACCUUCUGGAGCCUGGACCUGAGCCCCAAGGAACACGCCUACCUGAAGGGAGCCGUUCUCUUCAAUCCUGAUGUCCCCGGGCUGAGGGCUUCCCUGUACAUCGAGAGCCUCCAGCGGGAAGCCCAGCGAGCGCUUCAGGAGGUCCUGCAGCCCCUGCACCCCGAGGACCCGGGCCGCUUUGCCCGCAUUUUACUGAUCGCCUCCACCUUGAAAUCGAUCCCUCCCGCCCUCAUCACGGAUCUCUUCUUCCGACCCGUCAUUGGCAACGCGGACAUCGUGGAGCUGAUGGUGGAGAUGCUGUAG